AGUGUCCUCAGUGAGGUUUGAGCAGGCCGGACGAGACAGAAGCCCCAGGGGCCUUCAAGGUCACUCCGGACGCCCCCUCACUGACCCUCCAAGAGCCCCUUGUCCCCUGCUCUGCCUUCCGCAACCCCUGGCUUGAGACUCAGCAUGGCGGACCGGAGCGGCGAUGCGGCGGAGGACCCGCCUCCCGCGCCACCCCCUGUACGACGCCGCUCCUCAGCCAACUACCGCGCCUACGCCACGGAGCCGCACGCCAAGAAAAAGUCUAAGAUCUCCGCCUCGAGAAAACUGCAGCUGAAGACCCUGAUGCUGCAGAUUGCGAAACAGGAGCUGGAGCGGGAAGCCGAGGAGCGGCGAGGAGAGAAGGCGCGUGCUCUGAGCACGCGGUGCCAGCCUCUGGAGCUGGCCGGGCUGAGCUUCGCGGAUCUGCAGGACUUGUGCCGACAGCUCCACGCCCGCGUGGACAAGGUGGAUGAGGAGAGAUAUGACGUGGAGGUGAAAGUCACUAAGAACAUCACAGAGAUCGCAGAUCUGACCCAGAAGAUCUUUGACCUUCGGGGCAAGUUUAAGCGGCCCACUCUGCGUAGAGUGCGGAUCUCUGCGGAUGCCAUGAUGCAGGCACUGCUGGGGACCAGGGCUAAGGAGUCCCUAGACCUGCGGGCCCACCUCAAGCAGGUGAAGAAGGAGGACACGGAGAAGGAAAACCGGGAGGUAGGAGACUGGCGCAAGAACAUCGAUGCGCUGAGUGGAAUGGAAGGCCGCAAGAAAAAGUUUGAGGGCUGAGCAGGCCUGUGCACAGCCCUGGCCCUGGCCCUGAGGAUGGACCCGAGGAAUAAAGCUUCUCUCUGAGCUG